AUGAAUUAAAGUUAAUAAUCACAAGAAGUUUACAAAAUCAUAUUAGUUGGAGAUCAAGGAGUAGGAAAAUCAUCAAUUUUACUCAGAUAUACAAAGGAUCUAUUUUAUAGAGAUUAUAAUGUUACUAUAGGACUAGAAUUUGCGAGUAAAAAAGUAACAAUACAAGAUAAUUCAUUAACACUUUAAAUUUGGGAUACUGUAAGAAAUCUAUACAUAAUAUUAAAUAGGCAGGUUAAGAAGCUUUCAGAAGUAUUGCUAGAUCCUUUUAUCGAAAUUCUGCUGCAAUUAUUAUUGUAUUUAAAUUAACAAGGUUCAUUUGAUAAUUUAUAAAAGUCGUGAAUCAUUUUAAAGUAUUUCAGGAUGGGUAAAAGAUAUCUAAGAAAAUAGUGAUGAAGGAGUUGUUAUUUCAUUGGUUGGAAAUAUGUCAGAUUUAGAAUCAGAAAGAACUGUGACAACAGAGGAAGCAACUUAAAAGGCUAAGGAAUUGAAUGCAUUGUAUUUUGAAACUUCAGCUGCCACUGGAUCAAAUAUUGAUGAUGUAAUAUAUAUUAAUCUAAUAAGAUAACUAGAUUUUUAUUAAUUCAUUAGAGAAAGUUUCACAAUAACUCAAUCCCAUAAGAACUAAUUCUGAAUAAAAUGUUAGAGAUUCCAUAUAAUUAUCUCAAAAAAUUUAAUCACAAAAUCAAGUAAAAUAGGAAUAGAAUGGAGGAAAAAAAUAAAAACAAGUUGAAAGCUCUAAUAAGGGCUGUUGUUGA